AUGAUUGCUGCCAAGAAUGGUGUGGAAGAAAUGGUGAAGGAAAUUCUGAAAUUAUUUCCCUCGAGGAUUGAAGAUGUAAAUGAGGAUGGAAAGAAUAUAGUUCUACUGGUGAUAGAAUACAGGCAAUCAACUGUAUUCAGGUUUUUAUGUCAACAGAAAUGGCCAACUGAAAGUUUGUUUCGGCAAGUAGAUAAAGACAGAAACAAUGCAUUACAUUUGGCAGCAAGGCUUGGAGUGGAGCCUGAUUGGCUCAAUCAUGGGGAGGCACUCUCCAUGUCAAAGGAAAUCAACUGGUUUGAGUAUGUGAAGGAUUCAAUACCCCGUGGUUUGCUGGAAAAGUACAAUAGGGAAAUGAAGACACCGGAAGACAUUUUCAAAGAGAGUCAUACGGAGCUUAUGAAAACCGAGGGAGAGUGGGUGGCUAAAACCUCACAAGCAUGUUCUGUGGUUUCGACCCUAGUUAUGUCUGUGGCCUUUGCCGCCUGUGACACUGUGCCAGGCGGUUAUGAUAGCAAGGGCUAUGCAAUCCUUAGAAACAAGCCACCAGCAUUCAAAUAUUUUUCAAGCUUCUCAAUUGCGGCCCUGUCCUUCUCCCUCGUGUCUACCAUUUGCUUCUUGUCAACCGUAGUUGCUUCUCCUUCCCAAUCUGUGCACUCUUGGAAACAUGUUCCUAUCAAACUUUACUUUGGCAUGUGCUCCAUGUUUGCCUCCAUUGUUUCUUUAUGGAUCUCUUUCUGUGGUGGCUAUUUCUUCACGCUGGAUGAUGACAGUCAAAAGUCGUCCCAUACUCUUGAACUUUAUAUUGUGAUGUCAUUGCUGAUCAUCAUUUUCGUUGUUUGCCAAAUCCCCACAUUCAUUGGUCCCACAUUGUCUAGCAGUAGCCCUGUUCCUACCUGGAGACUCAAGGCCACUCGUCCCAUUGAGUACCGAAAUUAA